CCUCUCUCUGCCUCUCUCUCUUCACCCCCUCUUCUUUUUCCUUUCUCUCUCUCUCUGUGGCUGUGACUCGGCCCCGUUUCCCGCUUUGGCUGUGGCGCAGGGGGAAGUGUUUAUAUGGGGGAUGAUGACAGAGGUCGGGUCGCGCUAAUGGGCCAGUGAAGAGCAGCGGAGGGAGGAGAGGCGCAGAAAGACGCGCACUGCACACAGGAGCGAAACACACACACACAUUUAUACACUCGUUCCAUCACCAAUCAGCAAAGGUGUGCGCUCGUUCUCUCAACCCGGCACGCAUGCACCUCCUUCUCUACCCUCCUUCCUCCUCCCCCUCUCUCUCGCGCGCUCUCUCUCUCUCUCUUCCCCACUCUCUCAUUCCGCACUCGCACAUCCUGCGCCAAACGCCAAACUCCGUGCGUCCUGACAUCUGAGUUGACUGUCAAUCUCUGUCUCCUUCGCAGGGAUAUCCACUCCGUCUCCGACCUGCAGCACUUGGAAACUAUUUUUUUUCAUCCAAAGUUCCGACCACAGAGUGAACACGAGAGCGGGAGCCCGAUCUGGGUCAGCAGCAGCAGCAGCGGUGGUGAUUUUUGUUCUUUUUUUUUUUUUUUUUCAUUUUUCUUCUCCUGUUUCUGUGGUGUGGAGAAAACAGGCUGCAGCCCAGGACGAAGGAUGCCCCAAAAAGGGAGACAUUAAGUAGUGAAAACGGCAGAUGAUUGACUAAAUUGUUAGAGAGAGGACAGUCAACUCUGUUACCAGGCAAGUUUAACUGGAAUACUGUGCACGUACCACUCAGGACCAUUGAUAUUAUCACUACACGCACCUAUAGUCAGGGUUCAUACAGCUUUUCAAGCACUUUCCAGGUCAACUUUUAGACUUUCCCAGCACCUUAGAGCUGUGGUAAAUGUCACUUUAGACUCCUUCGGAAUAAUUUGUUUUUAAAAACAAUUGCUUUGCCAUCUGUUGUUAAAAAAAUUACAUCAGAAAAUUGAAGAAAAUUUAAAAAUUUGUAAAAUAAAAAUAAAAUAAAAAAAAUCCAAGGAUUUUCAAGUAUGAACCCUGCCUGUUGUUUUUGCGCUGAAUGCAAGUUCAAAAAUAGAAGAAAAUGUAUUUUGCCAUGUGUUUAUAUGUGCAGUAUUUUUUUGGUGUGUUUUUGAUUUGGUACUAACCCUCUUUGUUAUUUUCCUGUAAUACUCAGAAUACCACAACCAAGCCACGUGGGAGUCUGGUGUUGCUUCAAUGAUGCAAAACAAGGUGUAUGACUUCUGUGAUGAAGGUCACAGUGGUGUAAACCAGCUCGGUGGUGUGUUUGUUAAUGGCAGACCGCUGCCGGAUUCCACCAGGCAGAAAAUAGUUGAACUUGCGCACAGUGGUGCUCGACCCUGCGACAUCUCCAGGAUUCUGCAGACCCAUCAUGAAGUCCAAGUGCUGGACACUGACAAGGUCUCCAACGGCUGCGUGAGCAAAAUACUGGGCAGAUAUUAUGAGACUGGCUCCAUAAGACCGAGGGCGAUCGGAGGCAGCAAACCCAGGGUCGCCACACCGGAGGUGGUCGCCAAAAUCGCGCAGUACAAGCGAGAGUGUCCGUCGAUCUUCGCGUGGGAAAUCCGCGACAGACUCCUGUCGGAGGGGAUCUGCACCAACGACAACAUACCCAGUGUGUCAUCGAUAAACAGAGUCCUCCGCAACCUGGCGAGUGAAAAGCAACAGAUGGGCGCAGAUGGCAUGUAUGACAAGCUGAGGAUGCUCAACGGUCAGACAGGAACCUGGGGGAGCCGGCCCGGCUGGUACCCCGGAACAUCGGUGCCAGGGCAGCCCAACCAAGAUGGCUGCCAACAACAGGACGGAGCAGGAGAAAACACAAACUCCAUCAGCUCCAACGGUGAGGACUCGGAGGAGACACAGCUGCGGCUGCAGCUGAAGAGGAAGCUGCAGAGGAACCGCACGUCCUUCACACAGGAGCAGAUCGAGGCGCUGGAGAAAGAAUUUGAGAGAACUCAUUAUCCGGAUGUUUUUGCGCGAGAGAGACUAGCAGCUAAGAUCGACCUGCCUGAGGCCAGGAUACAGGUAUGGUUUUCAAACAGAAGAGCAAAGUGGAGGCGAGAGGAGAAGCUGCGGAACCAGCGCCGACAGGCCAACAGUUCUAGUCACAUCCCCAUCAGCAGCAGCUUCAGCACCAGUGUGUACCAGGCCAUUCCACAGCCCACUACACCAGUGUCUUUCACCUCGGGCUCGAUGCUGGGCAGACCAGACGCCGCUCUCACAAACACCUACAGUGCACUGCCGCCCAUGCCCAGCUUCACCAUGGCCAACAAUCUACCUAUGCAACCCAGCCAGACCUCCUCUUACUCCUGCAUGCUGCCUACCAGUCCGCCUGUGAACGGGCGGAGCUACGACACAUACACGCCCCCUCAUAUGCAGGCACAUAUGAACAGCCAAUCAAUGACCACUUCUGGUACCACCUCAACAGGACUCAUCUCUCCUGGAGUGUCUGUCCCUGUCCAAGUCCCAGGCAGCGAGCCUGACAUGUCUCAGUACUGGUCCAGACUACAGUAGAGACAAGAGCUACUUCUCCCUGUGAGCACCACCUUCACCUUUACAUUCACCGUUGAGCUCCGGCAGCAGCGGCGGCGGCAGGAGCUGCAUUAGCGGCGACUGCGGCGGCGGCGACAGCCCUUCACACACACCAGGCACGGGAGAGAAGACACGGACUCUGACAAAACGUUUGGACUCUGUUUUCCCAUCAGGACUGUGCUCUGUUCUGUCUUCGAACCAGGA